AUGCCGAUUUUCACGCAACAUCCAGGAGGAGAGGGUUACGCGCCAGGGACACGAAGCUAUGAGGACGUUCUUCCUCAUCUAGCUAUGUGUUGCCCUAGCUAUCCGUCUCCGUUACGUCCUCUACCGCCUUCGUACCCGUCGUCGUCACAUCAUACGCCAUGGCCGUUGUACCGUUCUUAUUCUGCUCGAGACAACCACCAAGACCUAGAGAGCUUGGCCGCCAGAGCUCGAGUUGCGGAAGCAACAAAUUCGCUAAUUGUCGUAACUCACCGUUGUCAAGAUCAACGCUUGCAGUCUUGUUACCAUGAGUGUUUUCACCCAAAGGAGUUUGAUCCUCGGAUGGUGGUUUAUCAUCCGCCUUAUUAUUUGGUUGAGGGUGACGCGAAAGAUAACAAGGGAUUCACAACUAUAGACCAGGAGUCGCCACCAGCCGAAAUUCGACAACGAUGCAAGCAAAAACAAUCGUCAUGGGUCGGGUUAGAACAAGUCAAGAUUGAAGGCGAUGGCGAUGACUCGCCAACCACAUCCUAG